CCGCCAACCCUCUCUUUCAACUGCUUGUGAUUGCGCGGGCCUCGGCUUGGGUUGCUGUAGAAAGCUGGCAGGGGUCCACCGUGCUGCUGCUGCUGCUUGUCAGAGCGUUGCGCGGUCCUCGAGGAGCAAGGUCCCUUCGACCUGUCCUGACUGUGAAUGUGUGGAAGGAAACAAUUCUAUGUGACUAUUCCAGUUCUGAUCACGCAAGCAUCCUGAGGCUUAGAGAUACUGUUACUUGCUUGGCAUCAUCAUGACGUUUUGGAGCACGGGAUCGCGAGGAUGCCUCCUCCAGCUUUGCCUGCUGACUCUUGCCUCUUGUGUAUGGGCGGGCACACAAGCCUUGUCACAGCCUCCCAUCACAGCGGCCUCCUUUGUGCAGGACCUCUUCCUCCGAUAUGGAAAAAAUGACAAGCUCACCCUGCAGCAGCUCAAAGCUCUGUUGAACCGUCUCGAUGUGGGAGUGGGGCGGGACAACAUUAGUCAUGCAGAACAGCAGCACAGAAACCUUUCCUGGUGCUUCAGUUCCUCAGAGCUCUUUGCCACCCACAAUUUGAGUGAAAAGUCUCCCCUUGGCCAGCGGGAGUUCAAGGAUUUCUGUCCAACUAUUUUGCAACAGCUGGAGUCCAAGGCCUGCACGUCAGAGAACCUGGAGAACGAAGAAAAUGAACAGACAGAAGAAGGGAAACCCAGCUCUGCGGAAGUUUGGGGUUACGGUUUCCUCUGUGUGACCGUCAUCUCCCUCUGCUCCCUGGUUGGAGCCAGUGUGGUGCCUUUCAUGAAGAAGACCUUUUACAAGCGGCUGCUCCUCUACUUCAUAGCUCUGGCGAUUGGAACUCUCUACUCCAACGCCCUCUUCCAGCUCAUUCCUGAGGCCUUUGGAUUCAAUCCUCAGGAAGACUAUUAUGUCUCCAAAUCUGCAGUGGUCUUUGGAGGCUUUUACCUGUUUUUUUUCACAGAGAAAGUACUGAAGAUGCUUCUGAAACAGAAAGAUCAGCAUCAUCAUGGUCACAGCCACUAUAGCACUGAGAACCUUCCUUCCAAGAAGGACCAGGAAGAGGGAGUCACUGAAAAACUUCAGAAUGGAGACUUGGAUCACAUAAUCCCUCAUAGGAAUAGUGAUCUGGAAUGCAAGAAUCCACCUGUCGAUCAGAAGACUGUUGGUUCUUUGUCUGUUCAGGACCUUCAGGCUUCUCAGAGCACAUGCUAUUGGCUGAAGGGGGUGCGUUACUCUGAUAUUGGCACCUUGGCCUGGAUGAUCACUCUGAGCGACGGCCUUCACAACUUCAUUGACGGCUUGGCCAUUGGUGCCUCCUUCACUGUGUCAGUCUUCCAAGGGGUCAGCACUUCAGUGGCCAUUUUUUGUGAAGAAUUUCCUCACGAGCUAGGUGACUUUGUCAUUCUGCUAAACGCUGGGAUGACAAUCCAGCAAGCACUCUUCUUCAACUUCAUCUCGGCUUGCUGCUGCUAUCUGGGACUGGCCUUUGGUAUAGUGGCUGGCAGCCACUUCUCUGCCAACUGGAUCUUUGCUUUAGCCGGUGGGAUGUUUCUCUAUAUUGCACUGGCUGAUAUGUUCCCGGAGAUGAAUGAAGUCAGCCGAGAAGAUGAAAGGAACGGCAGUGCUUUGAUUGCCUUUGCCAUCCAGAAUGCAGGACUGCUGACAGGAUUCACCAUCAUGUUGCUGCUCACCAUGUACUCUGGACAGAUACAGAUUGGAUAAAGAAAUGCCUAGUUGCUUGGGAAGACCUUUCUCCCUGCAGGUGUACGGACUGUGCAAACUUGCAAUGCCAAGGAUUACUGAAGUGGGCCCUUUUGUGAAACCUGCUUCAUACACUUAUUGACUGACCUGCAGUGAUUGAUGAAAUUCCUUGCACUGGAGUUAAGUGAUCCUAAGGACCAUUUCCUAGUUGAGCAGUCCCUUUUUUCUUUCUUCUUCUCUACCCUUCAGAUGCUUUUUAAGAGCCUUAUUCACAGGAAUUAAUAAAAUUCUUGCAUCCUUUUGGUGCUGACAGUGGACAGCAAUAAGCAAAACCCUUUCUGUUCCAGGAGGUCUACCAGUUGAUCUAUAAAGCCAGAGAACUCAUCUCCCUCUUCCUUGCCCCCAUUUGUUCACAGGCAAUGAGAAUUGCUGAAGAGAGUAAUAUUAGCUCACAGCUCUAUUUAAACAUCUAAUUAUUAAACUGGUUAAAAGUGUGCCCUAGUUUGAAAAGGUUUACAGGGCAGGUUUAAUAUAAAAUGCCUUCCUAAAAGGAUACUAGCUGAAUGCCUCUUCUACAAUAGUGUUUACUGCAACACAUGCAUGUAUAAUCCCCACAAGACUUCCAUUAAAACUAAUGUUUAUACAGAAUUGUAUAAGUUGACUUGAUUGACUGGUUGUUGUGGGUUUUCUGGACUGUGUGGCUGUGGCCUGGUGGAUCUUGUUCUGAAUGUCUUGCCUGCAUCUGU